UCGUCUCUGGUAGCAGCAGUCGAAUCAUAAACGGCGAGGACUGCAUCCCGCACUCGCAGCCCUGGCAGGCGGCACUGGUCAUGGAAAACGAAUUGUUCUGCUCGGGCGUCCUGGUGCAUCCGCAGUGGGUGCUGUCAGCCGCACACUGUUUCCAGAAGUCCUACACCAUCGGGCUGGGCCUGCACAGUCUUGAGGCCGACCAAGAGCCAGGCAGCCGGAUGGUGGAGGCCAGCUACUCGGUGCAGCACCCAGAGUACAACAGACCCUUGCUCGCCAACGACCUCAUGCUCAUCAAGUUGGACGAACUUGUGUCCGAGUCUGCCACCAUCCGGAACAUCAGCCUUGCUUCGCGGUGCCCUACCGCGGGGGACUCUUGCCUCGUUUCUGGCUGGGGUCUGCUGGCGAACGGCAGAAUGCCCACCGUGCUGCAGUGCGUGAACUUGUCGGUGGUGUCUGAGGAGGUCUGCAGUGAGCUCUAUGACCCGCUGUACCACCCCAGCAUGUUCUGCGCCGGUGGAGGGCAAGACCGGAAGGACUCCUGCUACGGUGACUCUGGGGGGCCCCUGAUCUGCAACGGGUACUUGCAGGGCCUUGUGUCUUUCGGACAAGGCCAGUGUGGCCAAGUUGGCGUGCCAAGCGUCUACACCAACCUCUGCAAAUUCACUGAGUGGAUAGAGAAAACCGUCCAGGCCAGUUAACUAUGGGUACUGGGAACCCAUGAAAUUGACCCCCAAAUACAUCCUGCUGAAGAAAUUCAGGAAUCUCUGUUCCCAGCCCCUCCUCCCUCAGGCCCAGGAGUCCAGGCCUCCAGUCCCUCCUCCCUCAGACCCAGGGAUCCAGGCCACCAUCCCCUCCUCCUUCAGACCCAGGAGUCCAGCCCUUCCUCCCUCAGAGCCAGAAGAAGUCCAGGCCCCCAGCCCCUCCUCCUUCAGACCCAGGAGUCCAGCCCCUUCUCCCUCAGACCCAGGGCUCCAGACCCGCAACCCCCCCUGCCUCAGACUCAGAGGUCCAGGCACCCAACCCCUCCUUCCCCAGACCCAGAGGUCCAGGCUCCAGGCCCUCCUCCCUCAGACCCAGUCUUCCAAAGCCACCUAGACUCUCCCUGUACACAGUGCCCCCUUGUGGCAAGAUGUUGACCCAACCUUACCAGUGUUAGAGUUGGUUUUUCAUUUUGUGUCCCUUUCCCCAGAUCCAGAAAUAAAGUCUA